AUGGCAGAUAUGCCCCGAGGAGUGCUGCUUGGUAUUAUCUCUUCAGCAUACAACCUGGGUGCUCUCUGCGCUCUACCACUAGUGCCGUACGUGAAUGAUAGAUUUGGGCGACGAUGGGCGAUCUUCCUCGGCUCUUGGAUUAUGGUCAUCGGAUCCCUAGUUCAAGCCUUCUCCAUCAGUGCUGGCAUGUAUAUUGGUGCCAGAUUCAUCAUCGGUUUCGGUAUACCGUUCUGUAUCAUCGCAGGCUCCUCGUUGAUGGGUGAGCUUGCGUAUCCAAAGGAACGACCGAUCAUGACCUCUCUCUUCAAUGCGCUCUGGUUCGUGGGCUCGCUCAUAGCAGCGGGGGUAUCAUACGGUACCCAGAAUCUCAAAGACGACUGGGCCUGGCGUAUACCAUCACUCCUUCAGGCUGGGCCAUCACUACUGCAGAUUGUGUUCAUCUUCAUGAUUCCCGAGUCGCCCCGAUUCCUCAUCUCUAAAGAUCGUCGCGAAGAAGCAUACCACACACUGGUUACCUUCCACGCCGAAGGUGACAGCACUUCACACUUUGCCGCAGCUGAAAUGGCACAAAUCGAACACACCAUCCGCAUCGAACUGGAACACUCAAAACGUUCCUGGCGUGAGAUGAUCGCUGUCCCUGGUCUACGCAAGCGCGUCAUCAUUGGAUCUUUUCUGGGUCUCUUCACACAGUGGUCCGGUAACACCUUGCUCAGCUACUACCUAAACCAGUUGUUGAAUAUGAUUGGGUACGAUGAUCCUGGGUUUGUGGGGAGAGUGAACGUCGGGCUCAACAGCUGGAACUUGUUUACUGCAGUGUCCUUUUCGCUGUUGGUCCGACGCUUCCCGCGCAGAAAGAUGUAUCUCAUCUGUGCGAGUAGCUUGUUGUGUUGCUAUGUUGCGUGGACAGUCGCUGUACACCGAUACACUGCUACAAAGAGUAUUGAGCCGGCGAGAUUGACGAUUGCGAUCAUCUUUUUGUAUCAGGCGUGUUACAAUAUUGGGUAUAACGCGCUUACGUAUACGUUCCUGGUCGAACUGUUCCCUUUCGCGCAACGUACCAAAGGCAUCACCAUCUUCCAGUUCUUCAGCCGGACAGCAGUCUUCACCACGACCACCCUCAACCCCAUCGGACUGCAACGUAUACAAGGACGUUGGCUUAUAAUGUACUGCGCUUGGCUGGCAUUUGAGAUUGUCUUUAUCUACUUCAUGUUCCCUGAAACCUACGGUCGCACGUUAGAGGAACUCGCCUUCCUAUUCGAAGACAAUAUGCUAGCUGAUGAGGCGACGACACAUGUUCAGAAACAGAUGGAGUGGUCGGAAAGAAGGUGGAGUCGAAUGGAUGAGCGGAUGACUUGGGAGAUGGAUGUUUUGAUACCGACGAUAGCGCGUAAUGGUGGGGGAGAAGAGAUUGCAAAUGAAAGUAGACUCGAUUCGAGAGGCAUGAUACGGCGAAAUGAUAUGAGAUAG